CUUUUAUUUCUCACCCAGUUUCUCUUCAAAUUUAAAAAAAAGAGAGGAGAAUUCACGAAAAAAGAAAAGAAAAAAACACUUCUGAAACUCUCCUUUCUCUCUCUCGAUCACAAUCGGGAACCCUCCCUUUUCCCUCUCUUCCUUUCGAGCUUCGAUCCCUCUCCUCCCCUUUUCGAAACCCUUGUUUAAAACCCAAACUCGUUAACCCUAACUCACUGAGUCCGAUCCUCCCAACUCCGAUAAUCAUCGCUUUUCUACAGAUAUUAUCGAUUAAUUGAGCUUAUUAAGGUAUAUUUAUCACGACUCUUAAGAAGCAUUUGGUUGGUGCCACGGAUACAAGAUGAAUACGCAACAAGUUGUGUUGCCAAAAUCUUCUGCUAAUGGAUUUGGCCGUCGAAGAGGUGAUAGAGAGGUUGGGGCUAGGUUGGAGAGUAAGGUGCAGUCUGGAAAAUCCAAUCAAGGAAGAAUACAAACUACAGGUGCACUGGCUGGCGGGAAGACUGGUGGUUAUGAGAGUUCUUCCCGUGAUCGGUUAGUUUAUCUGACAACAUGUCUUAUUGGGCAUCCGGUGGAAGUCCAUGUGAAAAGUGGAUCAAUAUACACUGGAAUAUUUCAUGCCACUGACGCAGAAAAAGAUUUUGGAAUCAUCUUGAAAAUGGCUCGUUUGGUAAAAGAUGGUACUUUGCGAGGACAGAAGGCUAUUGCAGAGUUUGUUAGCAAGGCACCCUCAAAGAUUUUAAUUAUACCAGCCAAAGAACUUGUGCAAGUUAUAGCGAAGGAUGUGGCUGUAACCAGGGAUGGAUUUGCGAGUGAGCUCCAACCUGAAAAACAUCUAGAAAUUUUGAUAGAUUCUGCGAUAUCACAAUCCCGUCAUGUUGAGGUGGAGAGGGAGUUGGAGCCUUGGGUUCCCGACAAAGAUGGUCCACAGUGUCCUGAACUAGAAAAUAUUUUUGACGGCCCAUGGAAUAGGAACUGGGAUCAGUUUGAAACCAAUCAAAAGCUAUUUGGUGUAAAAAGUACUUUCAAUGAGGAACUUUACACAACAAAACUUGAGAGAGGUCCUCAAAUGAGAGAGUUGGAGAAGGAAGCAAUGAGAAUAGCAAGAGAGAUUGAGGGUGAGGAGACCCAGGACCUUCAUUUAGCAGAGGAGAGAGGAUUUCAUCUUCAUGAUAAUUUUGAUAUUGAUGAGGAGAUGAGGUUCUCCUCAGUCUACAGGGGUAGAGGGGUUGAUGAUAGUGGUUAUGAGGAAGAUGAGGACAUAAUGUUGGAUUCCCACAACAGUGAGACCUUCGGAGAUUCUUCUGGUUCUGUUAGUAGAAGGCCUACUGAUUUGACCAGUUUGCAAAGCACUGAUGGAGCUCGAGUGUCAUCAAGCUCUUUCUUAAUGGAUGAGGCGCCAUCUUCUCAAGCAGCCAUUGGCACAGAUUUGAACCACUCAGGCAUUAAUGAUCAGGCCAGACAGCUGGCCUCUGAACUUCCUUCUAAAAGUUUCUCUGUCUCUGGCAGUGAAAGCAGGAUCCAAGACAAUUUGCUUGGUGAACAUGGAGGAAGCUGUGAUGCUAAAGAGUUUGCUGAAAAGCUGUCUCCAUCUGAGGACCUGCAUUUGUCAAAUUCUAUUGAUUCUCAGUCAUUAUUGAAUGACAAGAUUGAUGAGUCUGAUAAAGGGGGGACAUCUGCGAAUCCUGGUACUCAUGCUCCGUCUAAUUCUUUGUCAAAGUUUAGUGAAAAACCAAGUUCUUCUGGUGAACUCUCAGAGGGUCCAGCUUCUAGCAAACUAGCUGGUGAAAUACAAUCUGUAAACUCCCGUGGACGACCUGGUAGUUCUACAUCAUCAAAUUCAGAUUAUGUUGGUGCUGUCUCAGCAUCUAGUGGCCCUGGCCUGUCACCAAGUUCGUCAAUGGGUUCAUUAACCUCUGAGAAAUCAACACUGAAUCCCCAUGCAAAGGAAUUCAAACUCAACCCUAAUGCAAAGAGUUUCACACCAUCACAAUCGCCUGUGAGGCCUCCAUCCCCAGUGUCUGAUGGUUCCUUCUACUAUCCAACGCAAAUGUCUCCUGUACCACAUAUGCACAUGCCUGUUAGUUUUGGGAUUGGACCUUCCUUUCCUGGGCACCAGCCUGUUAUAUUCAAUCCACAGCUGGCACCAAUACAAUCACCGCCAGCAUAUUUCCAUCCAAAUGGACCUCAGUAUGGGCAGCAGAUGCUUCUUGGGCAACGGCAACUGGUGUACUAUCAACCUGAAAUGCAGUACAAGGGACGGGAAUAUUAACCAGUUAGUUUGCUGACAGCAUUCUUGGGAGCUCUGCUCGAAAAGAAUAAACUUUUGAGAGACUGCUUGGAUCAAUUUUCUCAAAACAAAGCCUAGCGGUCCAAGAAAGAUCCUAUAGGUCUUGAUCACCCCAUGUUCCAGGGAAUGUUCACUCAUGGUGGGAGAUAAAUUUUAUAACCUUGUAUGCUUCAUUCACAUCAUGACUUUGGAUUUCUAGCUUUUGUUAACUAACCUGUACUUCUUCUGAUUGGUUGUUUUAAUAUUGAUAGUUUUGGAUCAAUUUGUGGUGCAAAAAUAGUAUUGCCAUCAAUAUUAUUUUCCAUUUAUUUUA